GCGACAUUUCAGUGAAAGCAUUUCAAUAGGAGCUCUUGUUGUUCUCAGGGGACUGGAGCCCUCUCAGUCUUUUGGGAGCUAAAGAGGCAAAAACUAUUUAAUUUGGAGCAAAAUUGAAACUUGUGAUUUGUAUUGUUUGGAAACCAAACAUGCCUGGGCAAAAGAUCGAGACUGGUCACCAAGAUGUUGUUCAUGAUGUGGCAAUGGAUUAUUAUGGUAAACGUCUUGCUACAGCUUCAUCAGACAAUACCAUUAAAAUAAUUGGAGUUAGCAACUCAGGAUCUCAGCAUCUGGCUACUUUAACCGGUCAUCAAGGACCCGUGUGGCAAGUUGCAUGGGCACAUCCCAAGUUCGGGUCACUCCUUGCUUCCUGUUCUUAUGAUGGAAAGGUUGUAAUCUGGAAGGAAGGCAAUCAAAAUGAAUGGACCCAAGCUCAUGUUUUUGAUGAUCAUAAGGCAUCUGUGAAUUCUAUUUCUUGGGCUCCUCACGAGCUUGGCCUUUGUCUUGCAUGUGGAUCCUCAGAUGGGAACAUCUCAGUCUUCAUGGCAAGAGCUGAUGGUGGAUGGGACAAAUCACGAAUCGACCAGGCUCAUCCAAUUGGUGUUACCUCCGUCUCAUGGGCUCCAUCAACAGCUCCUGGUGCCCUUGUAGGUUCUGGUCUCCUCGAUCCUGUUCAGAAGCUAGCAUCCGGUGGCUGUGAUAAUACAGUGAAAGUGUGGAAAUUUGAUAAUGGCACUUGGAGAUUGGAUUGCUUCCCUGCUCUAAGCAUGCAUACUGACUGGGUGAGGGAUGUUGCCUGGGCGCCAAACUUGGGACUUCCAAAGUCGACUAUUGCAAGUGCUUCUCAAGAUGGGAAAGUAAUAAUAUGGACUGCCGUGAAGGAAGGGGAUCAGUGGGAUGGUAAAGUUUUAAAGGAUUUUGGAGCUCCAGUUUGGAGGGUGUCAUGGUCGCUUACUGGAAACAUACUUGCUGUGGCUGAUGGGAAAAACAAUGUAACACUGUGGAAAGAAGCAGUGGAUGGAGAAUGGCAGCAGGUGACAACAGUUGAACCAUAAAAGUAGUGGAUCUUUAUAUGCUUUUGACAAACACCCAACCUCUUUCACUUGUUCUCCUAUGGUUUUAGUCACAUAGAUUGUUCUCCCCUCGGACUGACUAUGGUGGAAGAAUUUAACUUGAAGUAACCUUUUAUCCGUGUCAUCGAUUAUAGUAAUGGUAUCUUUGGACAUAAUUGUUUAAUAUUGUUGGUGCACUUUUUUUCCGCUAAAAUUUUCAUACCUAAAACGUGGCUGCCAGGCUCGUCUAUUUAUUGUCCUGAAGAUUUGCGCUUGAUGUUCAAGAAGCUGGGGGACUUCUUUGUAGUUGAAUACAUUCACAUUCUUAUCUUACCUUCAGUUUUCUAU